AUGGCUGCCCAAACACAACAGACACAACCGCUCCAAGAUGACGAAGAAUUGUGCACGAUUGAAGCCUCCGUGGUCACUGGGUUUGAGGAGUCAGCCCGUGGAGAAGCCAAGGAAAAGUUCAACGUAGAUGUUAAAGCCGUUAGGGGAAGGAUAACAUGGAAAGUCCCAUUGAAUAAAGUCAACGAUGUGCUGAAGAUGGGCUCAGUUGACAACUGCAAGGUGGUUGUACACACAGUUCCAUGUUUUCACUUCACAGACCAGCAUGACAGCCUGGCACGCUUGCAGAAGAUGGUGAAAGACAUAGACUGGGAAAUUGGCUUGCGAGCAUGGCAGCAUGUUUAUGCCUUUCCAUAUCCUAUUGCUUCACGUCCAGACGUUAUUCCUUCUGACGAAGAUCUUAUGGAUGUAGUCAUUAUUACCAAUCUGCCUCCCCCAAAAGAUAAAUCUGCUAAAAAGGAUAAAAAGAAAGGCAGGUGGGGGAAGAAGAAAGAUAAAAUAAAAGAACUGAAAAGGAGAAUAUUGCAAUCUAAGCUUGAUGAUUCGUUCCAGCAAAGUCCAAGAUCGCCUGUGAAUGAGAAAGGAGAUGCAGAUGUUAAAAAGGAAAGUGAUCUGUUGGCAUCACAUGACGAGGAGGUUGGGCUGACGGAUGAGAAUGAUUUGAGUAUGUCUAAGAAAGAUGAUGGUUCUAAGGUGAAUAGGCUUGCUGCUUCACGUGCAGGACAACAUUUGCUUAAACUUGAUUCUGCAAGGACUUUAGACAAUCAUUCCAAACCAGCACCAGAAGAAGGUGGCGAGAGUUUAAGGCAACAUAAUUUGGCAUCAGAAGUGAACUUGACGGCUGGAAUAUCCGAUGAAGCAACAAAACAGGCAGCCAUGUCUUUCACCAAUAACAGCCUCAGCCCAGGUCAGGGUUCAUCAGCUGACAGCAGUUUAUCCCCCGUGGGCAAGAAAAUUAGUGAGUCAGAGUUUGCCUCCAUUGUCAUCAGUAGGCUGACCUCACCACGAGAGCCAGCCCCUGCAGAAGAUGGUGCAGGAGGUGUUUCUCCAAAGAUGUCUUGUGUGACACCGCCUCCAACUCCCAUCAGGAGCAUAGACAAUCCUUUCUCUAACCUGCAAGGCAGACUCACCUCGGAACUGUUACCAUUUCUUGACAAUAGCAAGUUGCCAGAGAGAGGAGAUAGUAUCCAGGGUUCACGUCAAGAUAAAGAUGACAAUGGGGGCAUUAUUGAUGCUAAACUCCCAUUCUCCGCUGGCACUGCCCAGAUAGAAAGUAUAUCUGUUGAUGAAACGUCUUCCAACAUGCCAAAUGUGCCUUCAUUAUCUACUCUGGCAACUUCAGCCUCCACUCCAAAAACAUCUAGUUCUGCCAAAGAGUUAGCAGAAGAUUCUACAAAUUCCAGGCAGCAGGAAGAUAGGGACAAGUCCCUUGAAGGAAAUGACAGCAGCAAAACAUACAAGCGUGCCGCAGUGAAGAAAGAACCUGACCCAACUAAGCCCAAAUUUCGAGUCACCUGCUUCAGAACUGGCGAUACACAUGCUUUUGAUUCCACUUCUGCAGCUGCCAGUUUUGGCAGUGCUCUUGUCGCUUACUUCGGCUGGCAAGUGGACUUGAAAAAUUUUGAUCUUGAGGUCAUCCUCAACAUAGACAAUGAAGAAGUCACAGUGUCUCUAGCCCUGACAAAGAUGAGUUUGCACUACAGGAACCUGGUAGCUUUUGGUCCCACCACCCUCAGGGCUACCAUCUGUUACAAUAUGUUGAGAUUGUGUCGUAUCAAGAAUGGAGACUUUGUGUGUGAUCCCAUGUGUGGCACCUGUGCCAUCCCCAUAGAAGGGGCUCUUAACUGGGUCAACUGCUUCCAUUUUGGCGGGGACAUCCAUGAGAAGGCCAUCGAAAGAACCAUCCUGAACAUUGCUGCCAUUCAGGAAAAACAGAAACAAGAGAAUAAGAGCUCUUUGAAACUGGAUGUGCUUCAAUGGGACAUUCAGCACCUUCCCCUGAGGGACAGAUGUGUUGAUGUCUUUGUUUCUGACGUGCCUUUUGGACAUAGAAUGGGCUCCAGAUCUGUGAAUCCAGCUUUAUAUUCCUCCCUGCUCUCAGAGAUGGCCAGAACCGCCAGGCUGGGUGCUAGGGCAUGCCUGCUUACAGAAGACAGGAGCAGUUUAAUUAAGGCCAUACAGAAUCUGGGUAGAUACUGGCAGCGACGUCUUAUUUUGAAUGUCAACAUUGGAGGACUCAAUGGCUAUGUGUUUCUCCUGACGCGCACCAAUUUCGCUGUGGCGCCCUCUAGCACCAGCUGGAGAGGUGACGAAGGCCAGAUAGCCAAUGAAGGUCAAGAUGGUGAUGAACUUGCAUCAGCUGACAGUCGCUCUGUUACAGACAGCAGUGUUGAAACCAGAACUGAAACAGAGUAA